GCGUAUCCGAACUUGAGCAUUUACUACAAUGAUGAUCCAAAUCUUGGACAGCUUGAUAAACAAUGCGAAAUACGGAAAUUAUUUCUUGGACAGGGUCCGCUUCCAAGGUUCUACCCCGCCUAUUUUUCUUCUUUUAUCUUAAUUAAUUACAUGCCUAAUAGCCAUGCGAUACGCUACACUAUCCCGGCAUAACCCAUAGAUCUUGCAGGAAUAUCGCAGGAAUACCUAUGCUGGAACCAAUCCCAAUACCGCAACCCGCAAUGCAUACCUCGUACAAGCAUGUCUUGCGCAGGGGAGAGCGGGCUGAGCCGAAAAUCACAAAAAAUCGACCCAGAUGCAAGUUCCUCGUGCUAAUUACUGGAUCAUCCUGCCUAUUGUAGUACCUAUAUAUCUAUGGAAAUCGCCAAUCACGAGUUUGUAAAUGGUGAUGCCUUCGUUCCUCAAGCCACAAAGCCACAUAGCACGCGUGCCCCUCAAAUCUUCAAAUCGCGAUGCACUGUUAAAAAGGCGGCUGUAAAAGCAAAACGAUAUCCUAAGACACCUAAUUAUCCUUUCCUUUUUGGUUUUGUUUUUAAUAUAAUUCAUAAUGGUAAUUUUCAAUAUGGAGUAUCCUUCUGGACUCCGUAGUCUCUCGUUGCUUUUUUUGGCGGGUGCGGCGUCAGCCUCCGUCUUACAUCCCCGGGAUCCUGUACCCGACGGUUAUGUCGCCGCCCCGUACUAUCCAACACCUUAUGGUGGGUGGUCAGAUGACUGGUCUGCAAGUUAUGAAAAAGCCAUCAAGUUGGUGUCACAAAUGACGGUGGCUGAAAAAGUAAACAUAACUGCUGGUACUGGUCUUUAUAUGGGACGAUGCGUUGGGAACACUGGUAGUGUACCUCGAUUAGGGCUUCCACAACUUUGCUUACAGGAUGGACCCCUCGGUGUACGCACAACUGACAAUAUCACCGCUUUUCCUGCUGGAAUUACUACCGGCGCAACAUUUAACAAGGAUCUCAUUUACCAACGAGGUGUCGCUAUUGGUGAAGAAUUCAGGGGUAAAGGUGCCAAUUUCUACCUAGGACCAUGUGUUGGUCCAUUAGGAAGGAAACCAAGAGGAGGUCGAAAUUGGGAAGGUUUCGGUGUCGACCCGGUUCUCCAAGCAAUUGCUGGAGCUGAGACUAUUAGAGGCGUUCAAGAUCAAGGUGUCAUUGCUACGAUAAAACAUUUGAUCGGAAAUGAGCAGGAGCUUUAUCGCAUGUACAACCCAGUACAACAAGCGUAUAGCUCAAACAUUGAUGACAGAGCGAUUCAUGAGUUAUAUCUUUGGCCAUUUGCGGAAGGCGUGAAGGCAGGUGUAGGCUCAGUCAUGGCAUCUUACAAUGCAAUCAACGGAUCUGCUGCUUCUCAGAACAGCUACAUUCUCAACGGUCUCUUGAAAGAUGAACUAGGAUUUCAAGGCUUGGUCAUGACCGAUUGGCUUGCCCAAAUUUCAGGAGUUGGCUCGGCUCUUGCCGGUCUUGAUAUGUCUAUGCCUGGUGACACUGUUGGGAAUAAUAUUCCAUUGGAUGGUUAUUCUAACUGGCAAUAUGAACUCACGCGAUCGGUGCUAAAUGGCUCUGUACCUGUUGAUCGAUUGAACGACAUGGCUACUCGUAUUGUUGCUACAUGGUAUCAGCUGGGUCAAGAUAAAGACUACCCGCCACCAAACUUUUCUUCCAACACGGCAGAUCCUACAGGACCCCUAUACCCAGGUGCUGUAUUUUCCCCUGUUGGUGUAGUCAACGAGUACGUCAAUGUGCAGGGAGACCACAAAGUGGUAGCCAAGCAAGUUGCCCAAGAAGCCGUCACACUACUCAAGAACAACGGAAGCUUCCUUCCCCUAUCAACUUCUUCGCCUCUUUUCGUUUUCGGCACCGAUGCUCAAGCUGAUCCGGAAGGUAUCAAUUCAUGCACGGAUAAGACUUGCAACCGAGGCUUGUUGGGUAUGGGAUGGGGUUCCGGAUCCGCUAAUUACCCCUACUUGGACGACCCUAUCAGCUCCUUAAAGCGAAAAGUAGCCAAUGUGACUUACUUCGCAACGGAUAGUUUCCCUACAGUUCCAACACCGACUGAAGAUGAUGUGGCUAUUGUUUUCAUCAACUCCGAUUCAGGAGAGAAUUCAUACACUGUUGAGAACAACCAUGGUGACCGAGAUUCCGACGGCCUAAAAGCGUGGCACAACGGAGAUGAACUAGUCCAAAAAGCAGCCGAGAAGUACAGCAACGUCCUAGUAAUCUACCAUACAGUCGGCCCCGUCGUCGUCGAACCAUGGAUCGACCUCCCCUCCGUAAAAGGCGUCCUAAUCGCCCACCUACCCGGACAAGAAGCCGGCGACUCCCUCACCGAAAUCAUCUUCGGCGAAGUAUCCCCUAGCGGACACCUGCCCUACAGCAUCCCCGUCUCCGAAGACGACUACCCAAAGAGUCUAAGCCUAGUCUCGACCCCAUUAAGCCAGACACAGGAUACAUACUCCGAGGGACUGUACAUCGACUACCGGUACCUAAACAAAAACAACAUCAAACCGCGCUAUGCCUUCGGCCACGGACUCAGCUACGCUAAUUUCAGCUUCUCGAACGCGAAGAUCACGCGCGUGACGCCUCUCACCGAGACUCCACCCGCGCGUCCUUCUAAGCCCGAGUCCCCUAUCGCUAGUCUAAAUACUACGAUCCCAGCGGCAUCUGAGGCGUAUUAUCCCGAGGGCUUCGAUCGCAUAUGGCGAUAUCUGUACUCCUGGCUCCCGAACGCCGAAGCCGACACCGCAUACGCGAUCGGCGCUGCAGGUGAUAAGAAAUAUCCGUACCCCGAAGGCUACUCCUCCGAGCAAAAACCGGGUCCUGCUGCUGGCGGUCCUAGCGGUGGGAAUCCCGCGUUAUGGGACGUCGCGUACACUAUCUCGCUUACUGUGAUAAACACCGCGAAGCAAGACACCACACCCGGGAAAGCGCUCGCGCAGGCGUAUGUACAAUUCCCCGAGGGAAUUUCUUACGACACUCCUGUGAUCCAAUUACGUGAUUUCGCGAAGACUGGGGAUGCGCUUAAGCCCGGUGAGAGUGCGCAGCUGGAGUUGAGUUUCGCAAGGAAGGAUUUAAGUGUCUGGGAUACGACACGCCAGAACUGGGUUGUGCCGGAUCCGGAGGGGAAGUAUAAGAUUUGGGUUGGAAGUGCUAGUGAUGAUUUACCGGUUGUGUGUUAUUCGGAUACGUUGGUUUGUGAGGAGGGUGUUACGGGGCCUAUCUAGAAGAUAGGUGAUGAAGGGUCGGGGUCCGGGGAGGGUUGGAGUUGGGUGGAAUUGUAACGUGCUUACCUAGGUAUGGAUGGACCUAGAUGUUUAGGGAGAUUGGGUAUGAUUUCCUAGUCGUACGAAUUUAGAUACCUAUGAAUCUUUUGAAAUCGCAUUUUCUUUGGU